GCUCGUCUCCUCCGUGGCAUCCCUGCUUCCCCUCAAGCCCUCAAAUGUGCGACUCUCACCGUCGGCAGAACCAGAGGAUGUGGAGGACUAACUCAUGCUGACGGCACACGGUGACAUGAGCAUGAGGAGAUAAGAUACGGACCCGUUAGAGUCCCAGUUUAGUUAAAUGGAAGUGGAGUGACGAUGUUUGCUGUUGACUGAAGUCCACUCCAAGACACACAAUGAAGAGGAGGCUGCUUCGUGGUUUCCUGUCGGAAAUUUCCGUCCGGCUGAUGCUGUUGCUCGUGUUCCUUGUGACGGAGCAGCUUUCUCCUUUCUACCGUGAGAUCCAGCCAGAGGAGAUGUGGUUGUAUAAAUUCCAUCGUGUGGAGAGAGACCACGUGCCCACCACUCUUAUGUUUAGUGUGGCAGUUUUCACUCCGCUGAUUGUAAUCCUGGUUUUCACCUUUCUGAAGAAGACAGAGCGAGGAGACCUGAAGGAGGCCUUGCUGGCUGUGACUUUGACUCUGGUGCUGAACGGAGUCUUUACCAAUGUCAUCAAACUCGUUGUUGGCAGGCCACGGCCGGACUUCUUCUAUCGCUGUUUCCCAGACGGUCAGAUGAACCUGGAGUUUCGCUGCAGCGGUGACCCAGAUGUUGUCAUAGAGGGCAGGAAGAGCUUUCCCAGCGGGCAUUCUUCCUUUGCCUUUGCAGGUUUGGGUUUCACAGCUCUGUACGUGGCGGGAAAGCUGCGCUGCUUCAGUGCAGCUGGUCAAGGCAGAGCGUGGCGGCUGUGUGCCUUCCUCACACCCCUACUCGUCGCAACCGUGAUCGCCCUCUCCAGAACAUGCGACUACAAACACCACUGGCAAGACGUGUUAGUGGGUUCUCUGCUGGGCCUCACCUUCGCCUGGUUGUGUUACCGACAGCACUACCCUCCUCUUCAGGAUGCCGACUGCCACAGACCUCUGCGUCACAGAGAGACUGUUCCCGCCGCACAGGAGCGCAAACUGGCUAACUCCAACUACAUCCUGCCCAUGUAGAGCAGCCGUAACUGUUACUGGUGUCACUCGCACUGGGUUACAUGGUAAUCCUUAUCGUUCUGGUUUUCACACCCCCCUCCCACGGCUGGGCAGUCCACCAAUAUUUAUUGUUUGUGGUCAAUCAUUCUAACUGUAUGUUGGGGAUGUGGGAAACACUUGAGAGUUGCCAUAGAUAACAGCUACAGUUUAGCAAUUACAUAAACAACGUGAAGUGUGGGUUUUCCAAACCCAAACAGAUGUCAUAUUCCAUUGGACGGCCUGGUGAAUACCAUGCCGUUUAUUAUUUCCCAUAAGGCCAAGCUCCACACACACACACACACACACACACACACACACACACACACACACACACACACACACACACACACACACACACACACAGGACUGUUGGGCAGACAAAACUGUUUUCAUAAUUUUCUGACAUUUACCAGUAUAAAUAAUUAAGUACUCAAUGAAUUUAAGAAAUAAUUAGAUAACGAAAAUAUAAGUUAUUUUCAGUCAAAGCCUAAAAAGAUCCACUAUUAAUGACUACGAGCUUUUAACUUCAUCUCAAAGGCUUCUUCAGCAAAUGGAGCUUGUUGUAAUUUAACAUCACAAAUUGUACUUUCAUAUCUAAAAAAAGGCUCAGUAAUUGCUGGACUCUGUAGUUUUGAGUAAAUGUUACUCAACCAGGAGUAAAUAGGGCAUUUGUUGGGGACUAUUUUCAGCGGCGGACCAAUACAAAUUUUCAUUAACAAUAGAGGUCUACGGCACUGAUGAAUAAGAUAUGUUGGCUUUGUUAGAAAGAUCAAUUCAUUGUUGGUUUAGUUUUUGACAGCUAAAAAUGAAAAGUACAUAAUAUCACCAGAAUGUACUUUGAAAUCUGAAUCUAUAUCGUCCCACGAUAUAUAUCAACAUAAGGCCCACCCCUCUCUGAAGGCACCUUAAAUCCACAUAAAGAUCUCCACAUCGCUCUACUGUCUCUGUCGGGUGCUUUGAAUCUGUCAUCCUAUAUUAUAUUCUGAAUGUUUCCAUUCACAGAUUUAAAACAGAUUGUUUGAUUAAUAUCUGGAGAGGGUUCACAUGCUCAGCACUCAUUAUAACGCACCGAUGUAGCAGCUCCACUUGUCUCUUCUCACGGUUUCUAUAUUGCUUUGCUGUACAUUUUUUGUGAUGAACCUAUUUUUGCUCUGACUGGCCAGCACAUCUGCUAACACGACUGUAAAGGAAAGUUUUCCUUCGUGAGUGGUCUCAGGCUUACUGUAGGUCUGGCUUUCAUAACUCCUCUCGGCUCCUCUGCCAGCAUGUCAGAAGUGUGAAUGUUCACCAGAGGUGGAGAGACGUCGUUCUCAGGGGCGUUGUUGUGGAAGCAGAUCUUUCUGAUGAACCUGAAUGAGGUCGGACUGGAACCUCUCCAGGUGAUGGUGCUAGCCUCUCAGUGCUCCUGCUGGUCAGGUUUUCUAUCCUGCUAAUAGUUUUAUUGGCGUGUCAAGUUUCCUGGUAGUUUUCAUCAACUUUAAUUUAAGACGGUGAACACUUAAGGCUGUGAUUCAGUUAUAAUUUGAUGUUUAUUUAUUUUUGUGGUAUUUAUGUAAAAAAAAUUGUCUUCCUGUUUUAUCUUUCAUUUGUUUUUGUAAGGUUGGUUUUCAAUUGGAAAAAAACAAACAUCAAAAUGUCACGCAGAGAUGACUGUUUUUGCAGGUGGAAACAUGAGAAACGACCAAACCUCCACAUGUUUCUGUUUGUGUGUGAAACCAGCCAGUUUCAGAGUUUUGCGCUGUGAAUCGGCCUCAAAGCAGCCGGAUCACAGUGGUUUAAGACCAAACAGAUGACUUUGUGCCUUCGUUUACUACAUAACUUCUUUACUCUCAGUUAAGGAAUGAAGUAUGUACUGCAUGUUACGGUUAAGCUCUCUGUCAGGUGACACAACUUUUGUUUUGAAUCUUUCCACCUUUAUUUUUUUUUUAUUGUUUUACAGGGUAUAGGAGUCAGUGGGGAAGAUACUACAUGAUGUUUAAAUGUGGCAUGCUGCCUUUCUUUACCUCAGAAAAAAAAUACUGCUUUCCAUACAUUUUACUGUCGAUGGAGUCAAAUGUGAACAUUUCUGGGUGGAAACAUGUAAAAGUUAAAAGGGGAAAAAUAACAUCUCAAUUUAUUUACAAAAUGGGACAUGAAUGAUAUCUUAAUUGACUUUGUCAAUCUUAUUGGUAUUUAUGAGAUGAUGUACAGGUCUAAGUGUAUUUAAUCUUGGAGCAUGUAGGAGUUUACUUGAAUUUUGAAUAUUUCUUUGUUUAUGUUAAAUGUAGUCAUGUUAUUUCAUGAAAUUAUGAAUCAUAUUCGUGGGCACUAGACUGUCUAGAGGGCUCUUUCAGAGAAAAAAAAUGUUCAUUAUAAAACUCUGCAUGUUACACAGCUAAAUUGCAACAUAUUUCUUCAUUACUUCUUUUCAAAUCCCCACAGUUCCCCCACAGUUGUUAAUCCGGUCUGGACUCCUUCAGAUCUUCUGUUCGUAACGAGGGAUAAUACUAAAACUUGCCCGUCUGCUUCGUUUACGUCAAGCUCAUCAUGAUUUGCUUUGGCUUGUAGGACCAUAUAGCAGCCGCUAGUGCUGAAACAAUAUCCUGAUUGUAAAUGUUGUGAUGCUUUCAAUGACUCUUUUUGGUGACUCUAAACAAUGUUUCUAAAUAAUCUUGCAAUACA